AUGAGCCUGGUUUCUCUCAUGGAGGACCAGGAAGAGUCUGAGUCUCUGGACCAGUGGAUGUUUCGCUUUGAGGACGUGCCCCAGGACCAGGUUCUGCUGCAGUACUAUGUGGAGCUGAACCAGGAAUCCACCAACAACUGUCUGAUUCCUGACAGCCACAUUGUUCUGAUGCUGGCGGACGACAUGGCGUGUAACCAUAGAAACCCCAAACCCGCCACGGUCUUCAGUCACAAGAACAUGGAGCUGAACGUUUACGGAGACGACGUCGAGGUCGACUACAGAGGCUACGAGGUGACAGUGGAGAACUUCCUGCGUGUGUUGACGGGGAGGUUACCUUCGAGCACGCCACGCUCCAAACGCCUGCUCUCCGACGACCGGAGCAACAUCCUCAUCUACCUGACAGGUCACGGUGGGAACGGUUUCCUGAAGUUCCAGGACUCGGAGGAGAUCAGCAACGUGGAGCUGGCCGAUGCUUUUGAGCAGAUGUGGCAGAAGAGACGAUAUAACGAGCUUCUCUUCAUCAUCGACACGUGUCAGGGAGCCUCCAUGUAUGAGCGCUUCUACUCCCCAAACCUCAUGGCUCUGGCCAGCAGCCAGGUCGGAGAGGACUCUCUCUCUAGCCUCAGGUCGGACCCCCCUCAUCAGAGCCUCAGGUCGGACCCCCCUCAUCAGAGCCUCAGGCCGGACCCCCCUCAUCAGAGCCUCAGGUCGGACCCCCCUCAUCAGAGCCUCAGGUCGGACCCCCCUCAUCAGAGCCUCAGGUCGGACCCCCCUCAUCAGAGCCUCAGGUCGGACCCCCCUCAUCAGAGCCUCAGGUCGGACCCCCCUCAUCAGAACCUCAGGUCGGACCCCCCUCAUCAGAGCCUCAGGUCGGACCCCCCUCAUCAGAGCCUCAGGUCGGACCCCCCUCAUCAGAACCUCAGGUCGGACCCCCCUCAUCAGAGCCUCAGGUCGGACCCCCCUCAUCAGAGCCUCAGGUCGGACCCCCCUCAUCAGAGCCUCAGGCCGGACCCCCCCCUCAUCAGAGCCUCAGGUCGAAGCCCCCCCUCAGAACCUCAGAGCCUCAGGUCUGACCCCCCCCUCAUCAGAGCCUCAGGUCGGACCCCCCCCUCAUCAGAGCCUCAGGUCGGACCCCCCCCUCAUCAGAGCCUCAGGUCGGACCCCCCCCUCAUCAGAGCCUCAGGUCUGACCCCCCCAUCAUCAGAGCCUCAGCACCAGCCUGAUCUGGCCAUCGGGGUUCACCUCAUGGACCGCUACACCUUCUACCUCCUGGAGUUCCUGGAGGAUAUCCACCCGGCCAGCAAGAGCAACAUGAACGACCUGUUCCGAGUUUGUCCCAAGAGCCAGUGUGUGUCCACUCCAGGCCACCGUACCGACCUCUUCCUGCGGGAUCCAGGCUCGGUGCUCAUCACGGAUUUCUUCGGCAGCGUUCGCAAAGUGGAGAUCACGACAGACGCCAUCAACCUGACGGAGAGCGCGAGGCCGAAGGAGCACAGGAACGCACUGAGGCUGCAGAGAUGGGAAUAA